AUUUUUGUCUUGGAUGUUCAUGGGACAAACAAGCGGCGAGCAAUUGGAGAGUUGGUCACGUUUAAGGGAGGAGAACGCUCAACAAGGAUCCGAAAUUCUUAGAUUGCUCGAGGUGGAAUUUCACGAACUUCGGGUACUGUGUGAAAGAAAAUGCGAGCUCUUGAGUUACGAGAAGGCUGUGAAGGCCGUGGAAGAUUUCUGCAUAGAAGAGGGUAAUAAAAGAGCUCAUGUAACUGACUUUGUCCCUCAAAGCUAUAAUGUUAUUUUGAAGAAAUGGCGAGAAGAGUUGGAAAACCACCACGAUGAUGCAAAUAUAGGUCAUAGGAUCGAAGUUACAGUCAUUUCAAAUGUUCUAAAUGAUGCGGAGUCUCUUAAUGUCACUCAAUUUGGAUACGGGGAAACUUACAGUGAUAUGACGUCUCAUCUUUCUGACUUAGAAUUGGGUCAAGUCGAUGAUUGGAGAAUGAAGGACUUCCUUCACCAGGCUGACUCAUGUGUAGAAGUUGCAAUUCAGAGACAGAAGGAACGGUACUCAACUGAGCUGAGCAAAAUUGAUGGAAGAAUCCUUUGUGUUCAAAAUGGGGUGCAACUUUUGGAAUCGAAGCUUGAGCCUAUAUCUGGCAAUGAUUAUAGGCGGGUAUUAGGGCCCCUAGUGAAGUCAUUUCUGCGGGCUUACUUAGAGGGUUUGGCAGAGAAAGAUGCCACUGAGAAAUCUGAUGCUGCAAGAGAAGCAUUCCUGGCAGAGCUUGCCCGUGAUUUAGAGAAGAAUUCAGGUGGAGGAAAUGAUAAUUUAAAACAUGCAACUGAAAAGACAAAAGAUAAAAAAAGGAACAAGGACUAUCGAAAAGGCAAGGGUGCAAAGGCUUCCACUGGAACUGUGCAGCCCAUUCAUCACCACGAGACUUCUGAAUGCAUUUCUUCUCAAGGUGUUAAUGAUAAGGAAAAUGAAGGGGGUGAACUUAUAAUUGUUAGAAGCAAAGAUUCUCCAUCUCUGGAGGACUACAAGCUAGGAAAUAUGCUUGAAGAAGAGGAAAGAAAGCUCGAAGAGACAUUGGAGUACCAAAGGAAAAUUGAAAAUGAGGCUAAACUCAAGUAUCUUGCUGAGGAACGUGAGGUAGUUGGAACAGCACUUUCAGAGAAGAUGCCUGCAGAAGUAGUACCUGAUGUUUAUUCGAGAUACAUGGAAGAUCAAGAUGCAAGUGAGCAAGGGAAAAAUAAUGCCAAGGAUUCAAUGUUUCCAACAGAUGAAUCUCCUGACAUUUUGGAAGGUCUUUUAAGGAACACUGCUGAUGUUGAUGCAAAUAGAGCGGAGAAUCAGAAUGAAGGAAUGCUUGAAGCUGAAACUGCAGUUUCUGAUCAGACUGGAAGAAAGAGCAGGCGCCAGAAGGGAUUGAAAAAAAUUAAUGAAAGAAAGUAUCAAACUGUUUCUUCUGGUGCAGAUAAAAACAUGAUCAGUAGACUGGUGUCUUUUGAAAAUUUGCAAGGGAUGAUAUCAAAGUCGCACUCCGAAAUAGGUUAUUCUGGAGAGUUACCCAUGGAAGGGGCCACUGAAACAGCUGGAGUUAAUGUAUAUGGGACAGGGCUGCAGAAUGAAAUUGGGGAAUAUAAUUGCUUCUUGAAUGUCAUUAUCCAGUCAUUGUGGAAUUUAAGCCACUUUCGAGAUGAGUUUUUGAGAUCAUCAUCGAAUCACGUUCAUAUUGGCGAUCCUUGUGUUACAUGUGCUUUAUAUGACAUUUUUACUGCUCUUUGUUUGGACACGCAAAGAGAAGCGGUUGCUCCUACCUCAUUGAGGACUGCUUUGAGCAACCUAUACCCUGAUAGCAAUUUCUUCCAGGAGGGGGAGAUGAAUGAUGCUUCAGAAGUACUAGUUGUAAUAUUUGAUUGCCUUCAUCAGUCGUUUACUUCAGAUUUGGGUUCUUCUGAGACAAAAUCAACAUCUAGGCGCUUGGACUCCUGGGAUUGCACUAACAGUGCUUGUAUUGUGCAUUCUAUUUUUGGAAUGGAUAUCUUUGAAAAAAUGCUCUGCCCCAAAUGCAAAUUAGAAUCUAGACAUCUGAAAUAUACUGCUUUCUUUCACAAUAUUAAUGCUAAUGCAUUGAGAAUGACAAAGGUGAAGCAUCUAGAAAGCUCAUUUGAUGAACUUAUGAAUCUUGUCGAGAGGAGCCACCAGUUGUCUUGUGAUCCAGAUGCCGGUGGGUGUGGGAAACAUAACUUCAUUCACCAUUUCUUGUCAACUCCACCACAGGUUUUCACAAUAGUUCUAGGAUGGAAGAAUACUUGUGAGAGUCUUGAUGACAUAAGAGCAACAUUGGCAGCCAUAUCUACUGAGAUUGACAUUAGUGUCCCUUACCAUGGUUUAGAUCCAAACAACAAAUAUAGCCUAGCCUCAGUAGUUUGCUAUUAUAGACAGCAUUAUCACUGUGUUGCUUAUAGCCGUCAUCAUGAGAAGUGGAUAAUGUAUGAUGACAUGAUUGUGAAGGUGAUUGGCAGCUGGGACGAUGUUCUCAUGAUGUGUAUAAAGGGGCAUUUGCAACCUCAAGUCUUUUUCUAUGAAGCUGCAAGCUAAUUUUGCGUGAUCGGGUCUUGGGGAAGCUUUAAUCCUGGCUCGUGAGCUGUAUAAUUCAUGUAUACCAACAAAUUUGUAAAUGUCAAAAGGAAUUUUACAGAAAGCGAAACAGUCUAGAAUCAGUUAGCAUAUUGAAGAGAAAAGAGAAAUUGGAGUUCUUGGCCUGGAAGGUAAAAUCACAGACAAUCAAUCUGUGAUCGUUGUUGUAUACUUCUUUGGGUUGCUUCUUCAAUGAUCAAAUUUUGGGAAAUAAGAAAGGAAAAAAGGCCUUUGUAUAGAUAUAUUGAUGAGGGUUGUAGUUUUUUUUAAUAUUUAUUUAUUUACAAAAUCAGGUUCUGUAGGCUGCGUAGGUUGUAUUUUCAUAUACGUGAAUUGUGGAAAUAAUAAUAUGAUAGUGAUGGACUUUGUUCGAAACUGGCCUUGAUGAAUUGAUGAUCUGUAUUAUCCCUUGGUUCAUCUAUUGAAAAGUUUUGAACUACUC